AUGUCAACUGUCGCUAUGCCAGCCACUGCUUAUCAAGGAUCUACUCCUGGAAAUCCCCCACAAAUCUUAGGUCCAUUAUCUGGUGGCGGUGAAGUACCAGAGGGAGAACCUGUUCAUUUAGAAUUAAGAAUAGCUCCUCCAGGUGAUUUACAAGUACAAUGGUUUAAAGAUGGUGUUGCAUUAAGCGCAGGUUCUCGUUACAAUACAAUGUGUGAACGUGGCUUAGCAUCACUAGAUGUUAUCUAUACAAUCCCAGAAGACAGUGGUACUUAUUUUUGCGUUAUUUCAAAUCCAUAUGGCCAUGCUCAAAGUGAGGCAGUUCCAGUAAAUGUAAUACCUGAAAUUGAUCCAAGUCAAGAUCAUAUGGAUGUACAGUCUGCUGAUCUCUAUCAAGCAACUAGUGCACCUACAAAAGAAUAUGAACGUGAUCAGAGAAGUCAGCCAAAGAGUGCACCACAGUUUACUCAACAACCGGUGAUUAGUAGUAGUGAUGUUCUUGAAGGAGAACCUGUCAGAAUAGAAGCAUAUUUAAAUACAACGAGUGAUUCAACACUACAAGUUGAUUGGUUGAAAAAUGGACAACCAGUUGGCACAGGAAGCCGUUUCAACGCUGUUCUUGACAGAGGUUUAAUCGUUCUGGAAAUCGGCUACUGUUUAGCCGAAGAUAGCGGGUUAUAUGUUUGUGUAGCUACAAAUGCGCUUGGCCAUACUGAGAGCCAACCUGUGGAAUUGAGAUGCCAACCAGAAGAACGAAUUGUUACCAAAUCGAUUCUCGAUCAACAAUCCAUAAAUCACUUAAAACAACUAGAGGAGCCUGGCGAGGAUUACGAUUACAUGACAAACUCAACUGUUCAGGGUAUACCUCCAUCUUUCAAAGCGAAUUUAGAACCUUCUUCAGUCCAGGUUAGUGAAGAUGAACCUGUAAUCUUUUCUGUACCUGUUGACUGUGGAAACGGAGAUCGCGUGGUUAUCGAGUGGAAACGUGAUGGUCAAGUUGUUAAAACAGGUUCUCGAAUCACAGGAAGUUUAGAACUUGGAAUAGCCAGUCUGAAAAUUCAUUAUGCUCAGCCAAAUGACACAGGUGCAUAUACUUGUCAUAUUUCGACAGAAUAUGGAUCAGCUGAUUGUGGUCCUUCAAAUCUAUUAUGUGAAGCUACUGGUAGUAUAAUCGCUGCAAGUCAACUUCCAGGUGACAAAGAAAAAGGUUUACUAGCAAUCGAAGCCAUAGAAGCAAACCUACAUGCACCACGUGGUACCGUGUGGGAAGACGAAAGUCCACACGAAGCACCUGUUAUUCUUCAGCAACCACAAUUCGUUGGUGAAAUUGAGGAAGGGACUGCAAUUCACUUUGAUGUUCAGGUAGAACCAGCUGCUGAUCCUUCACUUAUUGUUGAAUGGUUUAAAAGUGGCAAUUUAUUAACAAGUGGAACAAGAUUCAAAGUUGCUUAUGAAAGAGGAUUAGCCAUAUUAGAUUUGCUAUAUACUAUUCCUGAAGAUAGCGGUGAAUAUUGGUGUCGAGUAGAGAAUAAAGCUGGUCAAGUGGAAAGUAAUCAUGUACAAGUUUUAUGCAAUCCUAGUGCAUCUGUAAUCACACACAGCAAUCUCCUACAAGGUUCAGAAGGUUACAAUCUAAUAAAGGCUAUUGAAGAAGUCGACCAGCCCGACGGCGAUGAAUACAGGUACAUAGAAGACGAAGAAAUUGAUUCAGCUCCCAACUUUGACGUAAAGCCUCAACCUGCUACAAUAGCUGAAGGUUCUCCAGUUAAAUUUUUAGUACGUGUUAGUGGCAAGCCAACACCACAAUUGACUUGGUAUCUGAAUGAUGAACCAAUUGAACAAGAUUCAAUUACAAAAAUUUAUAGUGAUGGUGCCAUAAACUACCUAGAAAUGAAUCGUUGUCCUGCUUUGCAAGGAACUAAUAAAUUACAUGUUAUUGCAGAAAAUCAAUUAGGUAAAGCUGAAGCAGAAACCAUUCUCACCGUUUUAUUGGCAGAAGAUUUCAGACCGGAUUUAAAACAUGUUAAACCAGAAAAUCCAUAUAAAAAGAUGGUUGGAUUACGUAAAGUAGACUGUUCUCCAGAAUUAAACAAAGCUUUAACAAGAACUAAGCCAUCUGCGCAAACAAUUAUGGAAAUGGAAAGAGGUUCCGAAAUGAAAGCACGUAUGUAUCGUUCACCAGAAGUAAUUGAAGCAGAAAAGAUGUUGGAUCAACUUGCUUUAAAUUUGAAAAAAUCUGAAGUCAAACGAUCUUUGGUAAAUGGUGGUGGUAAUCAAAAUGAUUAA